UCCGUAAAGUUACGGCUCAGUCAAUAGUCAAACAGGGAAAACACGGACUACUUAUCACUACUGAGCGAUUUACAUUUCCCUCUAUUGAUAACAAAAAAAAACGCUUAAUGAUGUGGAUUUACUCAACUCUACUAAUGAAUGGACUGCCUCGGGUUUAAACGACUGGAGACGAUUUUUGACGAGAAAGGGACACACCUCUUUUUAUAAAUUAGAUGUUUAAUGUUUUAAACGUCACCUUCUUUGGAAUUUGAUCGAGGAUGGCUGCCGACCCUCUCUUGAGGAAGGUGAAACAGGUGCUUUGGGUCUUGCUGCCGUGUGCUCUCCAGCUCUGCAGCGCGCAGACACAAGGAGUGGUUGUUUGCUCUGGCACUCAAAAUGUUCUGAGUACAACCGGAAAUUCAGAGAUCCAGUACAACCUGAUGAAGGAGCGAUACAGCGGCUGUGAAAUCGUGAUGGGAAACCUUGAGAUAACCUCGUUGGAGCACACCAGAGACUUCUCCUUCUUACAGUCCAUCAGGGAAGUGACUGGCUACAUCCUGUUUGCUCUCAACGAGUUUAGCCGCCUUCCUCUGGACAACUUGCGGGUCAUCAGGGGCACCACUCUGUACGAGAACCAGUACGCUUUGGCUGUGAUGGUAAACUACCAGAUGGAUGGGCAGCACGGCCUGCAGGAACUGGGCCUAAAACACCUUACAGAAAUACUGGAGGGAGGGGUCAAGAUCAUCCAGAAUAAGUACCUGAGCUACGCCCCGCAGGUGAACUGGCCGGACAUAGUCAAAGAUGGAACAGCUCAUAUUAUGAUCCAGGGCAACGGUCCUGAGAAGCCUUGUGAUGAAGCAUGUGGAGACCUUUCGUGUUGGGGACCAGGAAAUGACACGUGCCAGAUUUUGACGAAGACAGUUUGUGCCCCUCAGUGUAAUGGCCGAUGCUUUGGUAGAAGUCCGAGCGAGUGUUGUCACAUUGAGUGUGCUGGAGGCUGCACCGGGCCGCUGGAUACAAACUGCUUUGCCUGCAGAAACUUCAACAACUCGGGGUCCUGCGUGCCUCUGUGUCCUCAGACACUUAUCUACAACAAGCACACGUUCAAAGUGGAGCCUAACCCCAACGCCAAGUACCAGUAUGGCUCCAUCUGUGUGGCCCAGUGCCCCACAAAAUUUGUUGUGGACGGGAGCUCAUGUGUGAGCAGCUGCCCGUCUGACAAGAUGGAGGUGGAGAAAAAUGGCGUGAAAAGAUGUGAACCAUGUGGAGGUCUCUGUCUAAAAGUCUGCAUUGGCACAGGAGGUCCGACCAAACAGACCGUUGAUGCUCUAAACAUCGACAGUUUUAUAAACUGCACCAAGAUCCAGGGCAGUCUGCACUUCCUGGUGACCGGGAUUAAAGGUGAUGAUUACAACGGUGUACCAGCUCUCGAUCCAGAGAAACUGAAAAUCUUCAACACUGUGAGGGAGAUUACAGACAUCCUCAGUAUUCAGUCGUGGCCAAAAAACAUGUCCGACCUGUCAGUCUUCUCCAACCUUCAAACAAUUGAGGGCAGAAAGCUUUACAAAGGAGUGAGCUCUAAAAGAAGCUACUCUCUUAUGGUGGUGAAGAUCCCCUCUUUGACCUCACUGGGGUUGCGCUCCUUGAAAAAGAUAAUCGACGGCGGUGUCUACAUCACAGGAAACAAGAAACUCUGCUACCAUGACACUGUCAACUGGACCCGCAUUUUGAACAGGAGCUCCGAUUCGCAACCACACCUGAAGCACAUCAACGGCAAGGAUAACAGACCAAGAGGCCAAUGUGUUGAUGAAGGUCAUGUGUGCGAUCCCCUGUGCUCCUCUAAUGGUUGCUGGGGUCCCGGUCCAAACCAGUGUGUGUCCUGUAAGAAGUACAGCAGGGGAGGAACGUGUGUGCCAGACUGCAUGUUCUUAACUAGUGAGAGACGGGAAUUUGCUACUCAGUCAGGGGAGUGUAUCCCCUGCCACCCUGAGUGUAAGGUCCAGAAGGGGAAGCAGACCUGCACUGGCCCAGGAGCAGAUCAGUGUGUGACAUGUGCAAGGCUGCAGGACGGUCCACACUGUGUCCCCUCCUGUCCUGAGGGCAUCAUGGGUGGAGAGGAAGUCAUCUUUAAGUACCCAAACAAGCAAAGUCGAUGUGAAUCAUGCCACACCAACUGUACCCAAGGGUGCUUUGGCCCAGGAAUUGGAGACUGUGUUGGGUCAUCCCGCUACAUUUCUGGACAAUCAACCACUGCUAUUGUACUUGGAGUGAUUGCCCUUCUCUUCGCAUCAUUCUCUGUUUUCGUGCUGACUGUUCUGUACCGCCGAGGUCUCGCCAUUCGUCGCAAGCGAGCGAUGAGGAGAUACAUGGAGAGUGGGGAGAGUUUUGAGCCUAUUGAUCCUGGAGAGAAAGGAAGUAAAGUCCAUGUUCGGAUCCUGAAGCCCACAGAGCUGCGUAAGAUCAAGCUUCUGGGUAAUGGAGUGUUUGGACAAGUCCACAAGGGCCUUUGGAUCCCUGAGGGUGAUACAGUGAAGCUUCCUGUGGCCAUAAAGACGAUUCAUGAUCGCUCGGGACGACAGACCUUCCAUGAACUGACAGAUCACAUGAUGAUGAUAGGAAGCUUGGACCAUGUGAAUGUGGUCAGGAUUCUGGGUAUCUGUCCUGGUGCCAGCCUACAGCUUGUCUCACAGCUCAGCAGUCAGGGCUCGCUGCUGGAGCACGUCAAAAACUGCAAAAACAAACUAAGCCCGCAGAGGCUCCUCAACUGGUGUGUUCAAAUUGCAAAGGGUAUGUAUUACCUGGAGGAGAACAGGGUUGUCCACAGGAACCUGGCUGCCAGAAAUGUUCUGUUGAAGAAUAACUACACGGCACAGAUCUCAGACUACGGCAUUGCAGACCUACUUUACCCAGAUGAUAAGAAGUACUUUUACAAUGAGAUCAAGGCACCAAUAAAAUGGAUGGCUUUAGAAAGCAUCUUGUUUCGUAGAUACACAUAUCAGAGUGAUGUCUGGAGUUAUGGUGUGACCAUCUGGGAGAUGAUGUCCUAUGGGGCAGAGCCAUAUAAUACGAUGCGCCCAACAGAAGUUGCUGAUCUGCUGGAAAAAGGCGAACGACUCUCCCAGCCUCAAAUCUGUACCAUUGACGUCUACAUGGUCAUGGUCAAGUGUUGGAUGAUAGAUGAAAAUGUCCGUCCAACAUUCAAAGAGCUGGCAAAUGAAUUUACUAGAAUGGCCAGAGAUCCACCUCGCUACCUGGUAAUCAAAGAGGACUGCAGCCAACAGGACUCCUCCCCAAAUGAGCUUGUCCAGAAGAGUGUAGACCUGGAUGACCUGGGUGAUGUAGACAUGGAGCUGGUGGACCAGGAUCAGGAUGUGGUAGAUGCCUUGACUCCAGCUCCCCACUAUUUUCCUCAGUCCAGGAGCCUCAGUCGUCUCUCAAGGAUGGACACUCACAGAGUGGUUCUUGCACCAUCAAACAUUGCUGGAUAUCUGCCUAUGACCUCAGGUGUUGACAGCACAGAGCAGGCAAUUUGGCAGUCACGCUCUCGACUUAACUCAGCUCGAACUGUGUCUGAAAGCUCAGAGGGCUGCGGCCUAGCAGUGGAAAUGGAAAUGAGUGAAGACUUUUCUCUGACAGGGAGCCUAAAAAGACAUCGUCACCGUGAGGACAGUGCUUACAUGUCACAGAGAGACAGCUUGUCCGGUGGACCACCAGAGACUCCAUCACCAGAGAUUGAGGAGGAGGACCAGAAUGGAUAUGUGCUUCCUGGAGACAGUCCAGAGAGAGAAACACUACUUUUGUCAUCUCUAGCAACUAAUGGCAGGAUGGGCAAAUCUCAUUCCUCAGGCCUGUUGGACGACCCAGAUGAUGAAGAAUAUGAGUAUAUGAACAAGCAGACGUGCAUAACACCUGUCUCGCCCAGGCACAACAGCCGCUUGAUGAAGCCAAAAAAGAAACGCACUUCCUCCUUAUCCUCCCAAGCGACAGCAUGCUCAGGUGAUACCACACCAUCUGUAGAGGCCAGGGGAGUUGACUCAGGGACCAAUCAAAGCUCUGAUUCAGAGCAGCAGGGAUCGAAUGAAGUUGAAUAUGAAUACAUGGACAUCCGGGGCAGUGAAAAAGACGACAGCACUCCAACACAUGACCCUCCUCAUCCUCCUUUAACCCCGGCCAGGACUGUCAGAAAAGCAGAAGAGGAAAAAGAGGAGGAUGAAUAUGUGGAGGACAGUAAUUAUCAUUACACAAACAGGCAGCCCAAACUGCGACAGGCUCUUCAAGACGUGGAGGACAUUAAGAUGCAGAAAAGGGACCAGGGUGAGGCAUAUGAGUAUGAGGACAUGGACUGCUUUGCUGCCCUGCAGCCUGAAAAUGCUGUAGUGUACCAGAAUAUGCAGAGAAAAGCAGGACAGGGGGCAGGAGAGGGAACAGAGUCACAUCAAUCUGGGUUUGAACCCUAUGUUAAAGUACGAGCCGGAGUUGUGGUUGGGGAACCUGCAACUGGAGACCGAUCAUUUGACAAUCCAGACUACUGGCACAGCAGGAUGUACCUAAAGCCAAAAGCAGUGCCUACAUGAAGAACAUUUUAAAUCUCAAACACGUCUGAGAUGUAUUCAUGAAGGACCCAUGUUAAAAUGAAUGCUAUAACACAUAAAAAAAAAAACAUAUCGUAUGCCUUUAUCACAGAUUUACUGUCUUUACAUGCUGGCAUUAUGUUUGUGCAGGCAUUUCCAGAAAUAGUAGCACUGAGUGUUGAAAAACACGGAUACAAGCAGUAAACAAGCUAGAUUCUUCUGUUUACAUUUUUAAUUGAACAAAUGUAUGUUUUUGAGAACAAAUGUAUGUGCUUGGAUUGUGGACUUAUAUGUUGAGACCUUUUCUAAUGAUGAUGUGAGAAAUGUAUUUUCUACAUAAUAAAAAUAUUUCCGAAUA